AAGAUUACUCAACCGUAACAAGUUUCGUAGAGGAAGGCUGGUCCGGUAAAAAAGGAUGAAAAUUCUGGUUUGACUGAAGAUGAGAGUGCUUCUUCUUUCGAGUAUAUUUCUCUCUAUUAGUACGAUAUUACUUUCAUCACUUGGCCUGUCCUGUCCAGUUACCGUACCAACUGUAUCCUACGUGUCCAGGUGUCCGUCUAAUGAAACAGAAUGGGAAUCAGCAGCACAACAAAAACAGUGCAACAAACUGGCAACACUGCAGAGUUGCACUGAGACUGAAAAGUUUGUAUACCAUUGUGUUUUGAACAAGGAUGGAACAAAAUAUUUAGAGGUCUGUGCUCAAUCCUGGUUUAUGUCAGGGUUUUGUGCAAGAUUCAGUGUAGCAGAUGGAAGAAUAAUUAAUGACCCAGGGUUGGACUGUACAAAAUUCUCCACACCGUGUCCUUCAAGAUUUCUGUCAAAUGAAUCCUUUAAAUAUCAAGGAUGCUAUGAUUAUCUUCAACAGUCUACACCAUCAAAAAUCAUUGAGAAGAAAACACCAGCUUCUGAAAGAGAAUCCGACAACAGUGCAUUGAUUGGCCUCCUGUGCUUUUUUGUGAUGACAACUCUUCUACUGCCCAUUAUUAUAGUCUUGGUAUUUAAAAGAAAAAAGUUUUUUGACUGGUGCAGAUCUAGACGGAAGGACACUGAGAAAUGUAAUGAUCAUACGCUGGAAGACAAUUUGCUGAUCAAAGGAAAUACUGCACAAGGGUACGUAACUUAUAUCAGAGAAUACAAGAUGAUGAUAUUAUGA